AUAGCUUCAAAAGUGCAUGUUACUUCUGUCUACAUGUAAAUAACGAUUCAUCUACAUAAUGUAGAAGAACUGAAAGACUUGACUCUGGUUUGGUUAUUUUCCAUCUCUUCAUGUUUGAACUGUGUAUCAUAUUGUCCUUUUUCCCCUGGAGUCUUUGUGGAAAUUGACUUAAAAGACUUAGAAGUCAUCGAGCCGCUAGUUACAGUAUGAAUGCAGAUGUUGAUGGGGACCAAGAAUAAUAAGAGUGCAAACUAACUGUAAAGAACUGAUCCUUUAAAGUCUUGUUGAAAUUCUGUAUCUAAUAAUGUUGACGGGGGCCAAGAAAAAUGGAAAGUCUUGUGGAAAUUCUGUACCUAAUCACUGCUCAGAAAAUUUCUCUGCAGUAUGCGUUACGACGUGGUGCAAUCUUCAAUAUUAAUAUUGACUAACUCAAUCUCACUGGUGAAAUUAGAUGUUGAUGACGUAAAUUAGGAGUUCAAUUUACUUUAUAUAUAUAUGGAUUACGAUAUUUUUGGAAGAGCACUCUGUUAUUUGUUGAAUACAAGAAAAAAUGGGAAGUCUUAUUCUUUUGUUCAUUCUUCUAUUUUGUGUUGCUAAGUCAAAGCUUUUCUUCUUCCCUUGUGCAUCAUCUUUGCUCUCCCAGUGAAGCAUUUGCUUUGCUUCAGUUCAAGCAAUCCUUUAAAAUAUUCGCCUACUCUAAUAUUUGGUGUGAUAUCAGAAGGAAAUCUUCUCUCCCAAAAACAAUCUCUUGGAAUGAGACUACCGAUUGCUGCACCUGGGUUGGGGUCACUUGUGACACGUUAACGGGUCAUGUUAUCGACCUGGACCUUAGUUGUAGUCAGCUUCAGGGAACUAUUCAUCCCAACAGCAACCUCUUCCAACUUCAUCAUCUUCAGACACUAAACCUUGCUUACAAUGGCUUCAAUUCCUCUCCAAUCCCAAGUGACAUUGGCCGCUUGAGGAACUUGAGGCAUCUCAACCUUUCUGAGUCUCACUUUGAUGGUAAAAUCCCAACAUCAAUCUCAUAUCUUUCCCAUUUGGUUUCGUUUGAUCUUUCUUGUCGUCUGUGUGACUUAGAACUUGAUCAGAAAACAUUUGAAACAUUGCUACAGAACCUCACAAAUCUGGAGGUAGUUUCUCUAACUGGUGUCCACAUUUCAUCUCCAAUACCUAUGAAUUUCUCCUCCUCCUUAAGGUACGUGGAUCUUAAAGCAACCAAUUUACAAAGUGUUCUGACAGAGAGCUUGUUUCUUCUGCCAAACAUGGAGAGGCUCAUAUUGGGUAAUAAUUAUCUUCUCAGAGGAGUUUUACCCAAGAUCCACUCGAACAACACUCUGUUGGAGUUGGAUAUUUCGUUCACAGGUAUCUCUGGUGAGCUGCCUGAUUCAAUUGGUACCAUGACGUCUUUAUCUCGCUUGAACCUCCGAGGAUGUCAUUUAUCUGGUCCCAUUCCUGAUUCUAUUGGAAACCUUACACAAAUUAGGGAGUUAGAUCUUUCAUCUAACUCCCUUCGAGACGAAAUUCCCAAUGUUUUCUCUAACCUCCAAGAGCUAGGUAAAUUAGAUCUUUCCAAUUACAGCUUCAUGGGUCCAUUCCCCUCUUCAAUUUUAAGCUUGAGAAAUCUUCAAUGGUUAGACUUGUCGAGUAAUUCCCUAUUUGGUCCACUGCCUAGAAAUGCAAGCAUUCUUCCAAAGUUAUUCGAUCUGGAUUUGUCUAACAACUCACUGAAUGGCACAAUACCCUCUUGGGUGUUUAGCUUGCCUUCUUUAUAUCAGUUGCACCUCCAUCAUAAUCGAUUCACCGGACUAGCAGAUGAGCUGAAAAUGAACCCAACACUAGAGAUUUUGGAUUUAAGUCAUAAUCAACUCAGUGGUGGUCCCGAUCUUCAAUCUCUUGCAAAUCUAAUAAACCUAGCUAACCUUGACGUUUCAUCAAAUAACAUCACUGGUGAUAGGGGAAUAGAGGUCUUUAUAACCAUGAAAAGACUUGAAUCAAUUGAUAUUUCCUACAAUCCUUUAUCAUGGAGGACCAGUAUCGAUGGUAGCACCACGGCUUUUCCUAGCCUAAGAUUUUUGCUCUUAUCAUCUUGUGAAUUGAAGGAUUUUCCACACUUCCUGAGAAAUGUAAAGCUACUUGAGGUUUUGGAUCUUUCUAAUAAUAAGAUUCAUGGUCCAAUUCCUAACUGGUUUAGCGGCAUGAGGUGGGAUUCAUUGUGGUACCUAAAUCUUUCACAUAAUUCACUGAGAAGCCACCUUGAACAACUUCAUUAUUAUAAGCUAGAGACUCUUGAUCUUAAAUUUAACUUCCUUGAGGGUCCACUACCUUCAUCCAUUUGUAACCUGAGUCGGCUUGAAUUUCUAGAUAUAUCACACAACAACUUUAGUGACUCGGUUCCACAUUGCUUGGGUAGCAUGACUCACCUGUUGGUUGUGGAUUUGAGAAGCAAUAAGUUCAGUGGGAGUCUUCCACCGCUAUGUUCUUGGGGCACUUCAUAUUUGAGUACAGUUCUCUUGAAUGGCAAUCAAUUUGAAGGAACUAUCCCUAUAUCGUUGUACAAUUGUCGUCGAUUGGAUGUUCUUGAUGUGGGGAAUAACGCCAUAAAUGACACAUUCCCCGGUUGGCUUGGAACUCUUCCAGAACUGCAAGUCCUCAUAUUAAAGUCGAACAAGUUCCAUGGACCGAUAAAUAAUUGGCAGAAUAAGUCAUGCUUUCCCAGGUUGCGGAUUUUUGAUGUUUCUCAUAACGAAUUCAGAGGCUCACUACCUGCAAAAGUUUUUGAAAACUUCAGAGGAAUGAUGAAAUAUGAUGGUGCGGACAAAGGUAAGAUUAAAUAGAUGAAAUCAUAUUUUAACUUAAACAUUUGGUACGAGGAUUCAGUGAGGUUGGUGAUCAAAGGCCAGGAUAUUCAACUAGAACGAAUCACCACAAUUCUGACAGCCAUAGAUCUCUCAAGCAACCAUUUUGAAGGUGUAAUUCCGAAAUCGUUGAAAGAUCUUGGCUCACUUUGGCUACUCAAUAUAUCCCAUAACAAUCUCAUAGGAGAUAUUCCAAUGGAAAUGGGGCAAUUGAAUAUGCUUGAAGUGUUAGAUCUCUCUUGGAAUCAGCUCACUGGAAAGAUUCCGCAGGAAUUGACAAGGUUAACAUUUCUGGCAGUCUUAAACCUAUCUCAGAAUUAUCUCGUCGGACCAAUUCCUCGAGGUCCACAAUUCAACACAUUUGAAAAGGACUCGUAUGGUGGCAACCUUGAUUUAUGUGGUCCUCCUUUAUCAAGGCAAUGUGGAACGAGUGAUCCAUCACAUGCUCCUCAACCAUUUGAGUCCGAAGAUGAAGAAGAAAAGUCAUAUUUUUUAAGUGGAUUUACGUGGGAAUCAGUAGUCACAGGCUACGGUUGUGGACUAGUUGGUGGAACUGUAGUGUGGAGCCUCGUGUUUAAAGCUGGUAAGCCAAAAUGGUUUGUGGAAUUUUUCGAUGGCAUCAUGCCCCACAAAAGAAGAAGGCCAAGGGGAAGAGCUCUUAGACGACGGACUUAAUAGAAGAUUGCAAGAGUGAACUUUUCUGUUUCCGUUUUUCUGUUUAAUUUUAUGUUUGUUGUUUGUGUGUGUGUGUGUUUGAUAGCAACUUAAUUGUACGUGUUAUAAUUGAGCAUUAAUGGCUGUUCAAGUUAAGUUACUGCGUUUCAGUUUCUUUCCAACUGAUCCUGAGUAAGUAGCAGAGGUAUCCACCUAAGCACAUAGAGUUGCGAGUUAAUCUGCUUAAUUGGACAUGAAAGCAACACUCAGAUGUUAAUAAGCAAAAAGGUAAGUUAGACCCGAAGAUUCAAUGCAGAAGAUUAUUAUCAAUCAAGUUGACUUGUUUGAAAU